GAAAACAGAUCUACAAAACACAUCACCAUAUUAAGAGGAAAUUCAAACAAGUCUACGCAUAAAGGUUACUUUUAAACAUAUAUCUUAUAUAAUAUAAAGUUGAAGGCCUGAUUGUUUUUUGGCACUUCACACUUAUGAUGUGAUUUAUGAUUGUCAUUGAAUGAGUCUCGAUCAAAAGAAAUUUUCCAGGGUUUUUUACUAGAUGAAAUUAAACCGGGUUUUAAUGGUACAAUUGCUGCAAUGGUUUCAAGAAAAUGGGAUGUGCAUAAUGUCAGUGGGACGUAUAUGAGUACUGAUUUUAUACUUUCUGAUGAGAAGGGAAACUUGAUCCAUUGUUUUGUAAGUCACAAUAGGUCUUACAUAUUUCUAGAAAAGCUGCAGGAAGGAUCGUUGUUUUCCUUUAAAGGAUUCAAGGUCCAUUGUAAUCAUGAUACGUUCCGUAUUUUCAAGGAUGCCCUGUAUAUGCUUGAAUUUGAUGGUAACACAAAAGUUGCUAAGGCCACUGGAGAUAUUAGUCAUUAUAUUCGUUAUCCAUUUCAGUUUCUUGAAUUGGAGGAAGUUGUGCCUACUGAAAAUCUUUAUGUCGUUCACUUGAUUGGUUAUGUGACAUCUGUUGGAGAAAUCUUGACAAAAUCUACUGGUGCAAAAACUUUGGAGUUUAAUUUUACAAAUCAGCGAGGACGGCAGGUCCGUGUUACUCUGUGGGGAAAACUGGGCAACAAUAUGAUAAAAAAGAAGCUUCAGAACCCCGGUGUCUAUGCCUUGAUUCUCACUGCGAUGUGUGCAAAGAAAUACUUUGGUCAACUCGGUGUUUCCAGCUCAUCCUCAACCCAGUUGAUUGACAAUGAUGAUAUACCUGCUUUGAAACAAUUCAAAGCUGAUUUGAGUGGUCGAGACUUGAGCCAAAUAAGCGUGUCUAAUAUUCAGACUAUUCCCCAAGUUAACACACUUGCAGAAUUGUUAGACUGGGGUCGUAUGAAGAAAUCUGGCCCAGGCAAUAAUGAAGAUGAGACCGUUGUGUUCUCCAACAUGGUAGAGAUUGUCGGCGUUCGAACAAGUAGUGGGUGGUACUUGAUUACUUGCAGCUCUGGUAGAUGCUUGAAGGGUUUGACGAGGGAUGAUGGUGGUUUUAAGUGUGGGGGGUGUAACAAAACUGUGGCCUACCCCCGUUUCAGGUUUAAACUGCAGUUAGAUAUCAGGGAUGAAACAGCAACAGUUGUUGCAGUUUUGUUUGAUAAUGCUGCUGAGACGCUCCUAAAUCGGUCGGCAAAAUCACUGAUGGAAGAAGAAAUGCGGGAUGACUUAGGAGAUGAUGUUCUCCCACCUGCUUUGCAGCAGUUGCUUGGUACAAAACACAGAUUUGAGAUAAAGGGCCACUCAUAUUAUUGUGCUGGAACUUAUGAGGCAUUUAAUUGUAAUCAAGUGAUUUUGCCCGGGACAAACCCACUGCUGUUGGGAGCAGAUAGUAGCCAGCAUACUACUUCUAAAGCGACUAUGGGGUCAUCUUCCAGCAAGGUUAAGGACCCAAUUCCUGUAGUCACUCCCUUGAAGACCCGUGAACCAAGAAAACGCAAACUGCAUACCAAAAAGUCUGACCGUGUGCUUCCAACUGUUGGGAAAAAUAAAGCAGUGUUGAAUCUUGGCACUGUUGGUGAUAAAAACAGUGUCGCUGAUGCUAAUGAAAAGACGUCAAUAGAAACAACUGCAGUAAUGAUUGAUGAUUUUUUGGAAGAACCCAAACGAUCACCCCGUGUGUCAAAGAGAGGAAGGGUUAUUUAUGAAUCCGAGUCAGAUGGGGAUAACAAAACUGAAAACAAUGCAGAACAAAAUGAUGAAGAGGCUGAAGAUAAUGAAAAUGAGGCUCCCGAGUCCGAUGGGGAUAACAAAACUGAAAACAUUGUAGAAGAAAAUGACGAGGAAACUGAAGAUAACAGUGAGGAGGCUGCAGAUAACGAUGAAGAGGCUUGAGUAUCUACGUAUUGCAACCGCUCUUGAUCUUAAA